AUGUUACAAAACUUGUAAGACUUGCUUAGGUCAAGGUAAGGAAUAGUUUUUAACUUGUUAUAGUGACAUAAGUUUGAGUUCUAAUAAUUCAUGUGAUUCUAGUAAGGAUCGAACAGAUUAAAAGUUCCUUCAAAUUCCAGAUGGAUUUUAAGAUAAAUAUGAUAAUAAUAAAGAUGAUGAAGAUUAUGUCUGUAUUGAAGAUAUAAGUAAUCAUAAUUAAUAGUUUUUUUUAGAUCUUUAAGAUAAAUGUGAAGAUAACUGCCCUAAAUGUACAAGUACAUAAAGUUGUUUAAUUUGUAAACCCUAAAAAUAUCUCUAUUUUGGAUAAUGAAUGAAUUAAUGUCCAGAAUACACAAAAAUAUUUGAAACUAAUUGCUUAAGCAUUGUUGAUAUUAUUUCAAAAAAUAACAAUUGACGGCUUAAAUAAUUAGUAAGAGAAUUUUAUGAUCUAUCAACAGCAAAAAGCUCUACGGAUACAAUAUUUUAGUUUAUUUCAUCAUAUAAUUCAUUUAAUUUCUAAAAAGAUGAUGCUAUUUAUUAUAGCUACUUUUCAAAUAAAAGAAUAUUUGGAGGACCAUUAGUAUGAGGUAAUGCUGAAUUUAAAUUUACUAAAAGUUGGACAGAAGAGUUUUAAUUUAUAGAAUAUUUUUGAAGUGAUUUUAGGGGAUAUUUCAUUAAAUAACAAUAAAUUUACACAUAAAUUAAAUGAUCAAUAAUUAGAAACAAUAACUUUAAAGGAAAAUUAUUCAGGACAGAAUCCAAAUAUAUAGGAUCAAAUAUGGCCUCGUGACUAUAAAUUAAAUAUAUAUCAAGUGGAUAAAUCUAUACAUUAUUAAAUGUCAACAAAUAAGUAAUUACCUAUGGAGAUUAAAUGUUAAAAUAAUCGUUAACUUUCUUUUUGUGGCUUUCUGUUUAAGAAAAAAAACCAUAUAUAGACAAAGUUCUUUUAAAAUAGAAAUUGA